GGCCGCUCCUCGCUUCGUCUGUGGCCCGGUGUGGGCGAACCACUCCAGCUCCUGGCGUCCGUUUGCCGAUCAGGGGCUUCUUGUUCGGAUAUUGCACUGUCUCCACAGCCAGGCUGAUCGCCAUUUUGGUUGGCUGGGGCCGAGGUGGCGGCUGAAGUCUUCUGGGGCUCGCCACUUUUCUGGUGUAGACUGCCUGUAUCGGUAUAUUCCGAGUCCCUUUUCCCCAUGGUGGUGGGGUUUAGGGCCAUUUUCAGGCACCGCGCACGAAUUCAGGCAAUGCAGCGUCAACUCCGACGAUUCUGAGCCGUUUCUCACAAACACAUACACUGCUCCUCACCCAGCCUCCGCCAUUGUGAAAAUGACGUACACGUUCUUCUCCACUGCAUUACGCUACCGUCACUGUGUUUACGUACCAGAAAAUCCGCGCCACCUAGCGUCAGAAGAGAAGUAGUGAGAAAUACAGUGACAGCUGUGAGCCAUUUACAAUGAUAGUACUGUACUAUGCGCGCUGCUUCCGAGCGGAGGAUGGGAAGUAAACUACCCCGUGACGCUUCUAUAAUACGACUCUAAUAUCUUGUUUUGGAGAUGGAGGCGCCUGACACACCGAUGUCUCACAACAAAAUUCUGGAGCAACGAUGGAGGAAAGUGCAACAACAGCGCCUCCAUUUACCAAUGCCAAUUGGUUUCCUGCAAAGUGGCAACGCCAUGGCUGUGUCCCAAGCAGUGGAGGCUUACAGGCAGACCAAAGAGCAGGGUAGAAUUGUGCGCAGCCCGUCACCGGAGCCUCAAUUCCCGUCUACUAUGCAAAGUGAGGAAAGGAAACAAAGGAUGAACUACAUAUUCCUGAAGCAGUGCAUAGAAAGCCGGCCGGUCUUUCCAAUCCCUCAGCAUUGGUUGAAUUCCAUCGAUGCCAAAAUCCCUCCCAAACUCAAAGACAGCUGUCAGAAAAACAAAAUCCUGCAGGAGCUCCUCAGGGAAGUCACUGACAACUUUCAUGAUGUCAUCGUCAAGCACACAGUGGAUACAUUCCUAAAGAAUCCAGAGUGUGAAGAAACUACCUCAGAAACACAUACACCUCUCCCACCGGACAUUCUUGAAUUUUCCCAAACACGCCACGAGACCUUUAUCACAAACCGGAACCUGAUGAAGGAAAAUUUGCACGUUCUGCAUCCCAUUAUGCAAACUAUUUUGGAUAUCGGCCACACAACCUUUUCUUCAAUGGUUUUGGUGGAUCUUUCUGGAUAUAGGGCUUUGGGACCCGUUGAUUCCAAUGUACUGCAGAAAGAUCUGGCAAUAGAGUGCGAGACAACAGAACAGAGCAUCAUGGAUACCUGGUUCCCUAAAGUCAUCAAUUUAUUAACUAGUCCAAAAACACUGGGAUCGGUUCAAGAAGAAUCCCUGGAUUCCUUCUAUGACUGCGCAUGCACCCUCAUCUCCAAUCAGUUGAAAUCCCUCCUCCAGAGGAGUGUAGAGGAGUUUGUCUACCCAUUUGAACCGAGCAACCACCACUUCUUGCCCCUCUUUCGAAUGGCGCUGACGUUGAAUGAAGAAAAGAUGGAAAUAGGCCCCACCUUACAGGAACUGGAAGCAGAUGUUUUUGAAAUCCUUAAUGCCAUCACAAGUACACUGCAGAAAGUGCAGACAGUCCAUUCCUGGUUGGCAGAAUCCACCUCUGCAUUUGUGGAUGCCAAGACCCCUGACCACACGCUUACUUGGGCGAAUCUCACUGUGAAAGCAACUGUUCGUGACAAUCUAAAAGAACCAGACCAAUAUUUCCAGAAUUAUGUUGACAGCUACGACUGGUUAGUCAAUGGAACGGCUCAGACUCGAGUUGAAACCUUUGUUGAAGAAACCCAUUCAUUUGCUGAAUAUAUUCAGCAAGUGGAUGAGUUUCGUGACUUGUCAAGGAAGAUCGGCAACCUGCCAACCAAAGCUCACUUUGCAAUGGUCCAAUUAGAUUGUGAGGAGCUGAAUCAGGGACUGGCUAAUAAAUCUAAAGAAUGGGCGAAAAUACUUAUCAACAAAAUGAAAAUCAAACACAGUGAGCAAAAUCUACAGAUCUGCUCUGAUUUUGAAACCAUCCGAGAAAAUGCUUUGAAAGUGCCAGAGACUACAGAUGACAUGGCCAACAUGAUUCAAUACAUUGAAUUAACCAAGACAAAGGGUAUUACGCUACUUAAGGAAAGAAUAAUGAAAGCCUACAGCAGACUGAGCUACCUCCUGGAUGUCCACAUAUUUGAACCUGAAGAUCUCGAACUCAAUUCCACUGUCUUUCUGUGGCCAUUGAAAAUCGGAGAGGUUUUUGAACUCAGUGACGAGGUUUUCCAAGAUGCCAAGAAGAAAGGGGAGAAGGAGAUGCUUGCUAAAAGAGAAAGAGUAACGCUACAUCUAGUCAAGCUGCAACGUAGGGUUGAUGAGUUCCCCCACUGCUCUGAGAUAAAUAUGAUGCAGCAGUAUAUGGGAGACAUCAAAACAGUUCAAACCCUUCUCCAAGAGGCCGAGGAGUCAAUUGAAGACAUUCACAAAGAUGAAGUCUUCCAUGAAUGGGAUCAGUCCUACUACCCAGAAGUUGAGCUCAUCAGACAGAGUAUUGAGCCAUACCAGAAGUUGUUUGGGUUCAUACUUAAAUGGCAGCGCACGGAGAGCAGCUGGAUGGAUGGUUCUUUCCUGGAACUGGAUGGUGAGGGAAUGGAGGUAAAAGUGGAUGAAUUCUACAGGGAGAUCUUCAAGAUGCUCAAGUAUUUCCUACAGAAAAAAAGCAAGGCUGAACAGGAAACAAAGAAGCCAACCGGAUCAACUACGAGACGACGUCGCGGUGAAGAAGAAGUCAAAGAGGAGAGUCCUUCAGUUGUCUUGUGUUCCACUGUACUAGAGCAGGUCAAAGAGUUUAAGGAGUAUAUUCCUCUAUUAAUAGUACUGUGUAAUCCGGGUAUCAGAGAUCGCCACUGGAAGCAAAUGUCAGACAUAGUUGGAUAUGACCUCACUCCCGAUGCGGGUACGACGCUACGCAAGGUUCUCAAACAAAACUUGAAUCCUUAUGUGGAAACGUUUGAGUCAAUCAGUGCUGCUGCUAGUAAGGAAUUUUCCAUGGAGAAGGCCAUGCACACCAUGGUCACUGUUUGGGAUGGUGUUUCUCUCCAGCACCAGGUAUACAGAGACACUGGUGUGUCCAUCCUGACUUCUUUGGAUGAAAUUCAGGCAAUGCUAGAUGAUCAGAUUGUGAAAACCCAGACUAUGAGGAAUUCACCAUUCAUCAAGCCGCUGGAAAAUGAGAUCAGGACCUGGGAGGAGCGUCUUCUUCGCAUUCAGGAAACCAUUGAUGAGUGGCUGAAGGUGCAGGCUCAGUGGCUCUACCUUGAGCCCAUCUUCUCUUCCCAGGACAUUAUGCAGCAAAUUCCAGAAGAAGGAAGGCUCUUUCAAAUUGUUGACAAAACCUGGAAGGACGUCAUGCGGCACUGUGUUAAGGACUCAAAGAUUCUUCAGGCAACCGCAAUGCCUAACCUGCUAGAGAAACUAAUAGAGUCCAACUGCCACUUGGAGACCAUCAUGAAGGGACUAAAUGACUAUCUGGAGAAAAAGCGUCUGUUUUUUCCAAGGUUCUUCUUCCUGUCCAAUGAUGAAAUGCUGGAAAUUCUUUCUGAGACCAAGGACCCACUGCGUGUACAACCCCAUCUGAGGAAGUGCUUUGAGGGUAUUGCCAAACUAGACUUCCUCCCAAACCUUGAUAUCCAGGCCAUGUACAGCAGUGAAGGGGAGCGUGUUGCGCUAAUUCAGCUCAUCUCCACAGCUGAGGCCAAAGGAUCGGUGGAGAAGUGGCUGGUGCAAGUGGAAGAAUGGAUGAUUCGCAGUGUCAGGGAUGUAGUGGACCGCUCCAGAUCGGCCUAUGCUGAAACGUCACGCAACCAGUGGGUGAAAGAGUGGCCCGGACAGGUGGUGAUAUGUACCUCACAAAUGUUCUGGACCUUGGAGGUGCAUGAAGCUAUCAGGGGGGGCGCUCAGGGUGUGAAGAACUACUACCAGCAACUCCAGAAACAGCUGAAUGACAUUGUGGGGCUGGUGAGAGGGAAACUGCCCAAACAAACACGGAUUACUUUGGGAGCAUUGGUGACAAUCGAUGUCCAUGCCAGGGAUGUCGUCAUGGAGCUCAUUGAACACGGUGUGACCAAUGAAAGCGAUUUCCGCUGGCUUGCCCAGCUCCGUUACUACUGGAACAACGACAAUGUUCGAGUUCGGAUUAUAAACUGUGAUGUUAAGUAUGCAUACGAGUACCUGGGGAACUCUUUUCGUCUGGUCAUCACCCCGCUGACUGACAGAUGCUACAGAACUCUGAUUGGCGCUUUUUUCCUCCACUUGGGUGGUGCACCCGAGGGUCCGGCUGGAACCGGAAAGACUGAAACCACCAAGGAUCUAGCCAAAGCGUUGGCUGUACAAUGUGUGGUCUUCAACUGUUCCGAUGGACUGGAUUAUCUUGCUAUGGGCAAAUUUUUCAAAGGUUUGGCUUCAUCUGGGGCAUGGGCAUGCUUUGAUGAGUUCAACCGUAUUGAGCUCGAGGUCCUGUCUGUCGUGGCCCAGCAAGUCCUCUGCAUUCAGAGAGCUAUCGAGAUGAAGUUGGAGUACUUUGACUUUGAAGGAACCAUGCUUAAACUCAAUCCCAACUGUUUUGUGUCCAUCACCAUGAACCCUGGUUACGCGGGACGCUCGGAACUCCCUGACAACCUCAAGGUGUUGUUUCGAACAGUGACCAUGAUGGUCCCCAACUAUGCACUGAUAGCAGAGAUCUCUCUGUAUUCAUAUGGAUUCCUCAAUGCCAAGCCUCUAUCAGUCAAGAUUGCAAUGACUUACAGGCUCUGUUCAGAGCAGCUCUCCUCACAGUUCCAUUAUGAUUAUGGCAUGAGAGCUGUCAAAGCUGUACUUGUGGCCGCGGGAAACCUCAAGCUCAAGUAUCCAGAUGAGAAUGAGGACAUACUGCUUCUGAGGUCCAUCAAAGAUGUUAACGAGCCCAAGUUUCUCUCUCAUGAUAUUCCACUAUUCAAUGGAAUCACCAGUGAUUUGUUCCCUGGCAUCUCCCUCCCUGAAGCUGACUAUGAGUUGUUUUUGGAGGCUGCAACAGAGUGCUGUACAAAACACAAUGUACAGUCAACACAAAUCUUCAUAGAAAAGAUGAUCCAGACAUAUGAGAUGAUGAUAGUCCGCCAUGGGUUCAUGCUGGUGGGGGAGUCAUUUUCAGGUAAGACCAAAGUGCUUCAUGUUCUAGCUGACACACUUAUUCUGAUGAACGAAAGAGGAUACGGGGAGGAGGAGAAGGUCAUCUUCAGGACUCUGAACCCAAAGUCCAUCACCAUGGGUCAGCUCUUUGGACAGUUUGAUCUUGUUUCUCACGAGUGGACAGAUGGGAUUGUGGCCAACACAUUUCGGGAGUAUGCAUCAUCUGAAACGCCAGAUCGUAAAUGGGUGGUGUUUGAUGGUCCCAUUGAUACACUUUGGAUUGAGAGUAUGAACACUGUGUUGGAUGACAAUAAGAAGUUAUGUCUAAUGAGUGGAGAAAUUAUCCAGAUGUCCAACCAAAUGAGUCUGAUUUUUGAAGCAAUGGAUCUGUCACAGGCCUCUCCUGCCACGGUCAGUCGAUGUGGUAUGAUCUACAUGGAACCAUCUCAGUUAGGAUGGGAACCUUUAGUGAUCUCCUGGAUGAACACACUUCCUGAGGUUCUGCAGAGUCCUGACAAUAUCAACCUGCUGCAAGAACUCUUCCACUGGCUGAUGCCGCCUACCUUCAGGAUGCUGCGUAAAAACUGCAGGGAAGUUGUCUCGACCACCAACUGGAACGCAACUGUAUCUUUAUGUAGGCUGUUCGAGAUGCUUCUAACGGAACCACUAGAGACAGAGACAGGAGAUAAAAUUAUUCGCACCUGGAUCAUGGCAGCCUUUACCUUUUCCUUGGUGUGGUCAGCGGGUGGCAGCUGUGAUUCAAACAGCCGGGAUAAGUUUAGCGACUUCGUCAGGGAUAUUGUGUCUGGAAAGGUGGAGAAUCAUCCAGUUCCUGUUAUUGUAGGGAAAUGGGAAUGCCCGGUGGAUGAGAAAGGCCUUGUGUAUGACUAUUUCUACGAGUUUAAAGGAAAAGGAAAAUGGGUUCACUGGAACGAUGCCAUCAAAAAUGUCAGCCUGGGAGACAAAAACACCAAAGUCCAGGACAUCAUCGUUCCCACCAUCGACUCGGUUCGCUACACCUACCUCAUGGACAUUUGCAUCACCAAUGGCGUGCCUUUGCUGUUGGCUGGCCCUACUGGCACUGGAAAGUCCGUGUAUGUGAAGGAGAUGUUGAUGAACACUCUGGACAAUGACCUCUUUUUACCUCUCAUCAUCAACUUUUCUGCCCGCACCACGGCCAACCAAACACAGAACAUCAUCAUGGCCAAAUUAGAUAAGAGACGGAAGGGUGUGUUCGGCCCCCCCAUGGGAAAGAAAUAUGUCAUCUUCAUCGAUGACGUGAAUAUGCCAGCACUGGAACAGUUUGGAGCUCAGCCUCCCGUGGAGCUUCUUCGACAGUUUAUGGAUCACAAAAAGUGGUAUGACCUGAAAGAUACUUCCGGCAUUAAAUUAGUGGACAUCCAGCUUAUCUCAGCCAUGGGUCCUCCUGGUGGUGGAAGGAACGCCGUGACGUCUCGCUUCCUGCGUCACUUCAACAUUUUUAGCAUCAAUUCUUUUAGUGAUGAGACUAUGGUUCGCAUCUUUUCCAUCAUGGUGGCCUUCUAUCUUAAAAACAAUGACUUUCCGCCUGAAUAUUUCACCGUUGGUAGCCAAAUAGUGACAGCCACUAUGGAAGUUUACAAAAAAGCCAUGGAGAACUUGCUUCCGACGCCAGCCAAGUCUCACUACACUUUUAACCUGCGGGACUUCUCUCGAGUUAUCCAAGGCUGCCUGCUGUUAAAAAGCAAAUCUCUGGAGAACAAACGCACCAUGAUUCGCUUGUUUGUCCACGAGGUCUUCCGUGUCUUCUACGACCGUCUGGUGGAUGACAAGGAUCGAGCAUGGUUCUAUCAGCUGAUGAACACCAUCCUGAAAGAUCACUUCAAGGAAACCUUCAGCCAAGUGUUUGAUCACCUGAAGCAAGGCAGUAAAUUGGUGGAGCAAGACCUGCAGAUUCUACUGUUUGGAGACUACAUGAACCCUGACGCGGAGCCUGAAGAACGCCUGUACGCUGAGGUGCUCUCCGUAGAGAGCUUUGCCGAGGUGGUGGAGGCGUGUCUUGUUGAAUAUAACCAGAUGAACAAGAGCCGCAUGAAUCUCGUCAUUUUCCGCUAUGUCUUGGAGCACCUGUCCCGUAUCAGCCGUGUGUUGAAGCAGCCAGGAGGGAAUGCUCUGCUCGUAGGAGUGGGAGGCAGUGGACGCCAGUCCAUCACUCGAUUGGCCACGUUCAUCGCCCAGAUGACUCUCUUUCAGCCCGAGAUCUCAAAGAGCUACGGCAUGGUUGAGUGGAGAGAUGACCUCAAGAAACUGCUGAAGAAUGCUGGGGUGAAAGGUCAAAGAAUAGUUUUUUUGCUCACUGAUACCCAGAUCAAAGACGAAGCUUUUCUAGAAGAUGUAAACAGUGUCCUGAACACAGGAGAAGUUCCCAAUAUGUUUGCCAUGGAUGAGAAACAGGAAAUCAUUGAGACGGUCCGCCCCAUUGCCCAAGGGAAGAAUAGGGCUGUAGAACUGAGCUCUUUGACUCUGUUCUCCUUCUUUGUGGCACGCUGCAAGGAGAACCUCCACAUUGUUGUGGCCUUCAGUCCGAUUGGUGAAGCCUUUCGUAAUCGUCUGCGGCAAUUUCCUUCUCUUAUUAACUGUUGCACCAUUAAUUGGUUCCAGCCUUGGCCAGAGGAGGCGCUAGAGCGGGUAGCCAACUCGUUCCUGAAGCCUCUGAGGAUGAAAGAUAAUGAACAAAAGGAAGUCGUACCAAUCUGCAAAACAUUUCACACCUCUGCCAGCCAGCUUUCACACAGAUUUCUCACUGAGCUUGGCCGCCAUAAUUAUGUCACGCCUACAUCCUAUCUGGAGCUAAUGGCAGCUUUCAGUCAGCUCCUCACCAUGAAAAGGGACGCAGUCAUGAAGGCAAAAAGGAGAUACACAAACGGUCUAGAAAAACUAGCUUUUGCUGAAUCUCAGGUUGGUGAGAUGAAAGUGGAGCUGGUGGAAUUGCAGCCCAAACUAAAAGAGGCACAGAUUGAAAAUGACAGGAUGAUGAAGGUGAUAGCAGUGGAAUCUGUGGAGGUGGAAGCUACGAGUAAACUCGUGCGUGUGGAAGAGGAGGCCACAGCUAUUCAAGCCGCUGAAGCUCAAGCGCUAAAGGAUGAGUGUGAUAGUGAAUUGGCCGAGGCCAUCCCUGCCCUGGAGGAGGCCACCGCAGCCUUGAACACCUUAAAGCCUGCUGACAUCACCGUUGUGAAGUCCAUGAAAAACCCUCCCUCGGGAGUCAAACUGGUGAUGUCAGCUGUGUGUGUCAUGAUGGGAAAAACACCGGACAAGAUUGCGGAUCCUGCUGGGUCGGGAAAAAAAAUAUUGGACUACUGGGGUCCGAGCAAGAAGCUGUUGGGUGACAUGAACUUUUUACGGGAUCUUAAAGAAUAUGACAAGGACAAUAUUCCUGAAGAAUCGAUAGCAAAAAUUCGUUCUACCUACAUGACCAAUCCUGACUUCAACCCUGCUCAGGUGGCAAAAGCCUCCUCAGCAGCAGAGGGCCUAUGCAAGUGGAUCAAAGCAAUGGAGUCAUACGACAGGGUGGUCAAGAUCGUGGCUCCCAAAAAGGCCAAACAAGCUGAGGCCCAGGCGACCCUGGCAUCCGCCAUGGCCGAUCUAUCAGAGAAGAGAGCCAAGCUGAAGCAGGUUGAGGACCGUUUGGCUGACCUGAAAAGAACAUCUGAGGAAAAAACAGAGGAGAAAGCCAAACUGGAAGCCCAACGAGAUUUGUGUCAAAGAAAGUUGGAGCGAGCUGAGAAACUCAUUGGUGGUCUGGGUGGAGAAAAAACGAGAUGGUCCAAAGCUGCUGAUGAUCUCCAAAACACAUAUGACAACCUGACUGGAGAUGUCCUGAUCUCUGCUGGUGUCAUGGCCUACCUGGGCGCUUUCACAGCCAGUUUUAGACACGACUGCACCAGUCACUGGAUCAAUCUGUGUCAAACUCGGAACAUUCCAUCAUCAGAUGACUUCUCUCUCAGUAAGACCCUUGGAGAUCCUAUUAAGAUUAGGGCAUGGAACAUUGCUGGGCUCCCCACGGACUCCUUCUCCAUUGACAACGGCGUCAUUACCAGUCAUUCACGUCGAUGGCCCCUGAUGAUUGACCCUCAGGGUCAGGCCAACAAAUGGGUGAAGAAUUCAGAGAAAGAGAACAAUUUAAAUGUGAUCAAAUUAACAGAUGAUGACUACAUGAGAACUAUGGAAAACUGUAUUCAAUUCGGAAGCCCUUUGCUGCUAGAGAAUGUACUGGAAGAGUUGGACCCGUCACUGGAACCUCUGCUCCUCAAACAAACCUUCAAACAAAGUGGGGUAGAAUGCAUCAAACUGGGGGAGAGCGUGAUUGAGUACUCCCCCGAUUUCCGCUUCUACAUCACCACCAAGCUGAGGAACCCUCAUUAUCUCCCCGAACUGGCCACCAAGGUGUCUCUGCUCAAUUUUAUGAUCACCCCAGAGGGCUUGGAGGACCAACUGCUGGGAAUCGUGGUUGCCAAGGAAAGGCCCGAGCUGGAAGAGGAGAGAAACGCACUCAUUCUGCAGUCGGCUGCAAAUAACAGACAACUCAAGGAAACGGAGGACAAGAUCCUGGAGACACUAGCGUCCUCAGAAGGAAACAUUCUGGAAGACGAGAGCGCCAUUCAGAUCCUAGACUCUGCAAAGAUAAUGUCCAACGAGAUUUCCAAGAAACAAAAGAUUGCAGAGGAGACUGAGAUCAAGAUAGCAGAGUCCAGAGAGUGUUACAGAGCCAUUGCUAAACACUCCUCUGUCUUGUUCUUCACCAUCGCUGACCUGACCAACAUCGACCCCAUGUAUCAAUACUCUCUCAGCUGGUUUGUCAACCUCUACACAAACUCCAUCCAAGAUAGUAAAAAGUCCAAGAUCCUGGAAAAGAGGCUCAUGUACCUGAUCGAUUACUUCACCUAUAACUUGUUCUGCAACGUGUGUCGAUCGCUGUUUGAGAAGGACAAACUCCUCUUCUCCUUCCUUCUCUGCUGCAAUCUACUUCUGGCUAAAGAGGAGAUUGAGUACAGUGACUUGAUUUUUUUGUUGACCGGAGGCGUGGGUCUGCAGAACACAAUCGCUAAUCCCGAUCCGAGCUGGUUGCAGGACAAGAGCUGGGAUGAGAUUUGCCGAGCAAACGAGCUUCCAGGUUUAAAAGGAAUACGAGAUGCUUUCAUUGAGGAUGCAGAACUUUUCAAGCCUAUUUUUGACAGCAAAGAGCCAAGCAACACCCCUGUGCCCUCACCUUGGUGCGAUCAGCUGAAUGAGCUGCAGAAGAUGAUCAUCAUCCGCUGUCUCAGGCCUGAUAAGAUUGUGCCGGCCGUACACAAAUAUGUCAUAACUAAACUGGGGAAGAAUUUUGUCCAGCCUCCUCCCUUUGACUUAAGUAAGAGCUACCUGGACUCCAACUCCACCAUCCCACUGGUGUUUGUGCUUUCUCCUGGUGCUGACCCCAUGGCUAGCUUGCUGAAGUUUGCGGGCGACAAGGACAUGGGUGGUAGCAAGUUCCAGUCUAUUUCCCUCGGGCAAGGCCAAGGACCCAUCGCUACCAAAAUGAUAUCCACGGCCAUGCAGGACGGGACUUGGGUAUGUUUGCAGAAUUGUCACCUGGCGGUUUCCUGGAUGUCCACCCUGGAGAAGAUCUGUGAAGAGUUUAGUCCCGCAAUAUGCCACCAAGACUUCCGACUUUGGCUCACAAGCUAUCCUUCUCCCAAGUUUCCAGUCACCCUGUUGCAGAACGGGGUGAAAAUGACAAAUGAACCCCCAACAGGACUUCGGCUAAACAUACUGCAGUCGUACAUGUCAGAUCCGGUUUGCGACCAAAACUUCUUCAAUAACUGUCCUAAUAAAGAACCGAUUUGGGAAAAGCUCCUGUAUGGCCUGUGCUUCUUCCAUGCGCUUGUUCAGGAGAGGAGGAAGUUUGGUCCGCUGGGCUGGAAUAUUCCCUACGGCUUCAAUGAAACCGACCUCCACAUUAGUAUCAGACAGCUCCAGUUGUUCAUCAACGAAUACGACGAGGUGCCCUUCGAGGCCAUCACUUAUCUGACCGGAGAGUGCAACUAUGGAGGCCGUGUGACAGACAACUGGGAUCGGCGCCUCCUGAACACCAUGUUAGCAGACUUCUACAACAAGGAUGUCGUGGACAAACCUUCUUAUCCUUUCUCACCCAGCGGUGACUAUGUCGCACCUCCCAAAUCGGCCUAUGGAGACUACCUCCGGUUUAUCAAGGAGCUUCCGGUCAGCCAGCACCCAGAAAUAUUUGGGAUGAAUGAAAACGUGGACAUUUCCAAGGAUCUGCAGCAGACCAAGCUGCUGUUUGAUUCACUGCUGCUCACUCAGGGAGGAGGCUCUAAGGGAGGGGGGGGCUCUGGGAGUGACAACACGCUGUAUGACAUAGCAAAUGAUAUCCUCUCUAAGAUUCCCCCAAAUUUUGACAUUGAAGCAUCUCUGGCCAAGUACCCGGUUCUCUACAAAGAGAGUAUGAACACCGUGCUUGUCCAAGAAAUGGAGCGCUACAACACGCUGUGUAGUACCAUCCGUGUCAGUCUUCAGAACUUGCUGAAGGCCCUCAAGGGUUUAGUGGUGAUGGAUGCCGAGCUGGAGGGAAUUGCGGGGAGUUUAAUAGUGGGCAAGGUCCCAGAGAAAUGGGCCAAACGCUCGUACCCGAGCCUCAAGCCUGUGGGGAGCUACAUCUUUGAUUUUCUGACCAGGCUCAAGUUUUUGCAGAAUUGGUACGACUCUGGUAAGCCCAGCGUGUUCUGGCUGUCAGGCUUCUUCUUCACCCAGGCCUUCCUAACGGGGGCUACGCAGAACUAUGCCAGGAAAUAUAACAUUCCCAUUGACCUGCUGGGCUUUGACUUUGAGGUUCUUCCCAUUGAAGAGUCAGGCUCGCCCCCUGAAGAUGGUGUCUAUAUUAAUGGACUGUUUCUUGAUGGAGCUCGAUGGGACAAAGAAAGUGCAGUUUUAGUUGAGCAGAAUCCCAAAAUCCUAUUUGUUUCCAUGCCCAUUAUCUGGAUAAAACCCACUAACGACAUCCCAGGUGAGUCUGACAACCGCUAUGUUUGUCCUCUUUAUAAGACCAGCGAGAGGAGGGGGACCCUCUCUACGACAGGACAUUCCACCAAUUUUGUCGUUCCUAUGAUGUUACCCACCGCCAAGCGCCCUCAACACUGGAUCAAGCGUGGCGUGGCGCUACUCUGUCAGCUUGAUGACUAACACCACAACCGGCCCUCCAUCCAGUCAUCCAGCCAUUUUAUCCAUUUUCAUCUUUCUGGUCACAUGUGAGCCGGAGCCUCCCCCAGCUGAUUUGGGGUGAGGAGGGGUACGCCCUGGACUGGUCGCCAGUCAGUUGCAGGACACAUAUAGACAAACAACCAUUCACACUCACACUGUAUGUUAUGUUUGGAAUGUGGGAGGAAACCGGAGUACCCGGAGAAAACCCACACAUGCACACGGAGAACAUGCAAACUCCACACACAUGUCCAAGUGGAGAUUCGAAUCCCGAUCUUCCUGAUCUCCUGACUGUGUGACCAACAUGCUAACCACUCCGUCCACUGCGGCCCACUUUUCAACUUGAAGGCGACCUAUUAUGCUUUUUCCACAUUAAAUAUUAUAUUAUCCUGUUAAACUAUGCCAGAGUUUUUCGCUAUGGUGGUUUUCGCAUUUGGAAAUGAGUUUCAGAGUUUUUUCUAUAGAGUCUAGAGUUUCUUCCUUAUAUGGGCGUUGCCGAGUACAAGAUGGAGGCUUGCCCUCUCCUUGCUCUGAUUUCAACGUGUUAGAACAGAGCCAACAUUAAUGUCUCCCAGGAAAUAUCUGUUCAGGUUUCAACUUCCCUGAUGAGGCAAACAGGCAGAAGUGGUUGGAGUUGCAGAUUCCUGACCAGCAAGAGAAAAACAUGGGGACUGUUUUGGAAACAUGGAUGAAGCUGGACUAUACGUCAAGCCUCAUGCUUUUCCAACGUUACUUGGUCAUGUUGAAGAGUCAAAGUGCAAGCUGUAACAAUUUAUCUGUGUCCUAACUGUGUUUAUUUUGGGUAAGUAAGCAGUUGUCUGUGUUCAUACAGGGAGUGCCUUACCUGCUCACCAAUGUGUGUAGUUGCUAAUAACCUUUUCCACCACAAUCGAUGUGUCUACCAGAGUUGUUAAACAUUGGUAGUCACGGAAAAAAACUUUUAAUUCCCAACUUUACACUAGAUUGUCUACACUCAAGAAACGCGGAUGUACGUUAGCACAGUUCAUACAUGCUAAGCCAGGGUUCUCCAGCCAGUAGAUCAUGACCUACCAGUAUCUCCUAAACACUUUCCAUGUAACUCUAUAAAAGGUUUAUUCAUUUAUUAACAACCCCUAUCCCGACAAAAUUAGACAGUGUGGUUUGGCAGUAGUCCUGAAGUCCUCAGUAACGCUAGGGAGUGUAACCAAUCACAGCUGAGUGGGCAUGUCCAGAGGCAUGCCAUGGGUGGAAUUAAUUAAAACCGACCACUUUGAACAUCCAAGAAAAUACAGAUGCAAUAGGUGCAUGUACUGGAUGCUCUCGAAAACUUUAUGUGCAGGUUAUUGUGUGGAGCUGCUCUACAGGAGUACACAACUCUAUACAAAGAACCGUAAAAUUUGCAGAAUAGGUCCUCUUUAAUUGUCAGAAAAACCUACCCUCAUUUCUCGGCUCACACCAGGCGACCAUAAAGGGGCCGGGGCCCCUCUUUGUAGGUGCCCGCUAGUGGUGAUUGGCAGUCACAGCAGGUAAAACAAGGCCAUGCUGCCACCCAGUCAUGAAUGGAUUUCUUUAUUGCCAUUCUCUUUUCUACCUAAUUCACUGGGAAUGCUCAUGCAAUAUGAUCGUAUAAUGUAAGUAAAAGCCAACAUGAUUUGUUUAUGACUGUGAUGCUAUCAAACAGCUAGGCUGCCCCUGUUGUACACAUCAAACUCCUUGUAACACAGGUAGUCUUUCAGUCUGGAUGGAAGAGGGAGGUAAUUGAUGAAAACAGAAGCUCUCAAGCGGAGGCCGUCGAGAUGCUCCCGAAUCUGCAGCCGGCACAGAUGCUUUAAGGGCUUCUCUCAGCUUGGGGCAAAAGGAAACAUGGUCGGUGUAGUCCAGCAUGAUCCGGACCACCUGAGCAGAUAGGUGCCUGAGCCAGGACACGGUUAUCACCUCACAGAACUAGGAAGAGAACACAAUACACGACUUGGACAUCAAGACAUCUCAGAAGUAUAUUUCCUGACUAAUUGUGACCCAUCUCACCACCGUAUCUUUGAUGACUGAGGUGGUCCACGGAGCAAAGUCGUGACAGUUGUCCCCGUAGGGGCAGUCGAAGCAACGCCUCACAUCGUAACCAUGAUUCAAAAUCAUCCUCAACAUGACUUUAUCUUUGAAUGCGUACUGCAGCGCUGAGGGGAAAUGGGUGAUGUUGACACGGGAGUAGUAGUUGACAUUAGCCCCGAACUUCAGCAGGGUGUUGAUGAGUUCAUAGUUGCCCUGCCUCAGAGCCACCUGCAAACAACUGAUAGGGUCCUGGUUCACCAUCGCCCCGGCCUCUAAGAGCAUGCGGGUGCACUGAAGAUCAUUGUUGGACACGGCGAAAAAAAGCGCAGACUUGCGUUCGUCAUCGUAGUUGCGUCGCACCCUUGGGUGCAGCAUGAAGUUUGGGUCAAAGCCGGCUUUGAGCAGCAAUGCCACACAAUGGGCAUGCCCUCCGUCGGCCGCGGAGUGAAGUGGACUCAUGCCGCUGUCCUUCACAGUGCAUAGCGUUGUCACUGGAAUGAGGCGCUGCAGUGCUCUGUAAAACAGGAAGAAUUUCAUAACAAGCGCUAAUAGUCACGAUGUUUCAUGGUGGAGAUUCCUCACAGUAUGUGUCCGUCAUACGCCACGCGGUGAAUGGGCAGGUGACCACCGUUCAAUGGCAGGUUGGCAUCUGCUCCGUGGUCCAGCAGCAAGGAGAUGAUGUCGGGGUUCCCUGAUGCUGCUGCGUCGAACAAGACGGUGCCAGACUCUGAUUCAUAUUCAGCGUCCGCUCCUAUCAAACAUUUGCGUUAAAAUAGAAGGAAUAAGUUCCUGUUACUUCACCUCAUGUUGUCUACCUUCAUGCAACAAAAGCUCAACCACACUGAGGUGUCCAUUUUGUGCAGCCAGAGCCAGCGGGGUUUUCUUUUUAGUAUCCCACGCAUUUGCGUUGGCACCAGACUGGAGUAGCAGAUAGACAAAGUUCUCCAGGCCUAGGAAGGCAGCCUCGUGUAGCGCCGUCCUGUCCAAGGGGCCCGUCUGAUCCACUUGGGCACUGUAGCGAAGCAGCAGUGUUGCCAGGUCAUAUUGGUCAUUGAGAAUAGCUGCAAAAUAAGGAGCAGAGAGAGAGAGAAAGUCAGAGAAAUGUUGAAAAGGUGUCGUUGUGUUGUACCUGCCACUAAAGGAGAAUCCUGCUCAUCGUCCUGAAGAUUAGGAUUACAUCCAUUUUGUAACAGAAAUGUGGCGUUGUGUCUGCGGCCGUAGACCACAGCUAGAAACAACGCUGUCUCUCCCUUUAGUGUGCGGCAUUGGGCCGUCCCUGGUGGCGAUGCUGGGACACAAGUAGAUGAUGUCAGAAUCAAUGCCAUGAGGUCAAAAAGUCAUACAGUAAACCUCGGAUAUAUCGGAUUCAAUUGUUCCCACUGGUUUUGUCCGAUAUAAGCGAAAUCCGUUAUAUGCGUAUACCGGAAAAUGGUCGUUUUACGCACAUAUCGGAUUUAUAUCCGGUAUAUGCGUAAAUGGGAUUUUAUCCGUUAUAAAAAGGCACUUCAUUGACUAUGUUUCCAAUGUACCUGGACGCGCAGGCAACGCUGCAAACGCUGCAAAUGACGUCGUAUAGCGGCCUGUCGCGAAUCGGAGCGCCACGAUGCGGCCAUCCGAUAUAUGCGAGGGAAAUUUAAUGGAAAUGCAUUGGAACGGGACUGGAGAUUUUGUCCGAAAUAGGCGAAAUCCGUUAUAAAAAAUCCGAUACAUGCAAUGAAUUUUUAUUGGAAAUGCAUUACAGAAAAAUUGGUUCUUUUUUAUCUGUCCGUUGUGAGCGAAUUAUCCGAGUCCGAUAUAUCCGAGGUUUACUGUACAUAAAUAAUAAAAUACACAAAUUACCUGAAAAGAUCAUUUCAAGAAUGUCUUUACUCUCCUGCACUGCAGCUUCAUGCAAAGGAAUCCAUCCAUGUUCGUUAACUCUGGACAGAAUCUCUGGUUGGGCCAUCAGUCGCUGGAGUGCAUCUUCAUCACCUGCAUAAGGCAUUUUCGGGGGAGAGGCGGGGUACACCCUGGACUGGUGGCCAGC